GCAUUCAUUUUCACGAUUCGAGCAACUUGCAUGAAUGAUUACAGUGACAGCGUUAUUUCAUAGAUUAAUAUAAUCUUAUCAAUAUCGUGAAGAUAAGGCUGCAAAAUCAUUAACAGUUUAAUGUCAGGACAUUUGUUGUGGAACAAAUGUCGUGUCCUUAUUAAUUUAGUCCAAUUUGGUUAAGUGGGACGAAUGCUCACUACGCGACGGUGAGCCUCUCACUCGUAUCGUAUCAGUAACAUCCACUUACUUCCUGAAGGAUGUCCAGCACUCUUAAGCGGGUCAAAAGUUUACUUUUGCCAAAAUCAUCGCCGACUUCCGACGAUGAUCUGCAACCGGAAAUUGGCUUCAAAAUCACACAUAACGACGCAAAUAAUGAGUUAAUCGUGAAAGUGUUAAGUGCAAGAAACUUACCAUCAUCUUUCGGAAACAUCAAACCUCAAGGUUAUUUAAUUAAGGUGAAGGUCUUUCCGGGUAGAGAAAAAUAUGAAACUGAAGUGUGCAAAGGAUCUUGGCCUUGCUAUAAUAAGGAAUUCAAAUUUCCUCUGAACAGCUCAUUUUCGGGAAAAUUCCUGACGCUCACGGCGUACGCGAAUCUCACCCAAGAAGAAAAGAAACCCAAAUUGAUAUCAAGAGCUUCUUUCAAGGAACACAUCGAAGCUUUCGUCGGCGAUAAAGAUGAUACACAGAUGAGGAAAUCCGUCAAAAGAUCACAAAGCAACAGGUUUUCGCUGAACAACAGGAGAUUAAUUGGUGCGGCUUCGUAUAAUUUAGAAUAUAAAAAUUUCACUCUCAAUGGUAAAUCAGGAAGGGCUACUCCUGAUAUUUGGAGAAAGCUUGAAAACAUCACUAGCGGAGUGCAAACAGAAAGAAAAGAAGGUCGAAAUGGAAGCAUCGAAGUGACUAUGUCAUAUUCAAACAGCGAGGAUGGAAAAAACGAUUCGAUUAUGGUUUCUUUAAACAAACUGAGAUGCAGCAUGCAAACAAUGCAAGAACACGAAAAACUAGGAGGUAAUUUGUAUAUAAAAAUGGAAGUAUACGAGUUUGAUGUUCUUAUUGCGAAAUGGAAAAGUGACGAGUUUCCGCCGACGAUAAGCAUGAAGAUUGAAUCGAAAACUGCCACUAUGCAUGCCACCGUCAAUAACUAUAAUCUGGAUCGGAUAAAGAUCACCAUCCGGUUAAAAUGCAAGAACAAAAUCAAUAAGAAAGCAAAGCUUGGAGAAAUUGUUAUCGAUAAUCAAAGCUAUAUGUGGAAGAACGUUCUGGAAUCGCCUUCAGUGCCAUCGACUCUAAUGAUGAAUUUUGAAUAAAUUUUGUUAGGUUCACAUUACAUACACUGACGCUUCAAUUUUGGUAAAAUUUCGUUGAAAAUGUAAAUAAUUUAAAGUAAAAAAAAACAAAUAUGCUCAAAUGUCAUUAGCAUCAAUAUUCAUCAAAGUCUAUAUUAAUUCUAUGAAGGUAGCAGUUAGAAAUAAUGGGAUACACGUGAUAUUAAAAUAAAUUAUUUGCAACGUGUUUCAGCAAAGUUCAAAUUAAUU